AUGGGAUCUCCUCCGUCGCCCCCUGCCCCCACCGCCCCCCCCACACCUGCGCUCUACCUCUCCCCUGGCGCCACCCUCAUCACGACGAGCGUCGGCGAAAACGGGUGGGCCAACCUCGGCUGCCAAAACGCCCAGUGGGAAAUCUCCCGCGUCAUCUUUGCCUCCUACGGGUUGCCCGACAACACGGGCCUCAGUGCUCGCUACGGGUGGUGCUACGCUGGAGGCUCGCAAGGCGUCGUCGAACGCACGUGCUUGGGCAAGGACACGUGCAGCGUCGCCGCCUCCAACGGCUGGUUCGGUGACCCGUGCGUUGGCACCUACAAACGCUUGACGAUCACUGCCGAGUGCACCCAGAAGGCGAAGUACCCCACGUGGUCUUCGGCCGGCGACACCGGAACCGCCACCGUCUCGUGCGCCGACGGCUACAUUAUCGACACCGACAACGGGUCGACGUACGGCAGCGGCACGUGCGCCUUCAAGGGUGUGCCUGACGCCAUCAACGCGUUGUGCCAAGGAUCGCAGAAGUGCAGCGUCCCCGCUCGCCCGACGAUCUUCGGGGAAGACCCGUGCCCUGGUGACGUGCAAGCUCGGCACGCAAAAGGCUGA